CAAGAUGGCAGAGGAACCGGAGUCAGUGCUGCAGCUCCCUCCCUCGACUGCUGUUGGCGGCGAAGGACUUACGGAAGUCUCCCCAGAAGCCGUCACCUCUGAGCCCCCUUCUUCUGCUGCAGUCUCCCCGGGGACAGAGGAACCUGCCGGAGACACCAAGAAAAAAAUUUAUUUAUGUGAAUCAGUCCUUUGCCCCUUCCCCAGACCAGGAAGUUGGAACACUCUAUGAGGUAAAAUUAGUUACUGCCUUUUUUUCUUAAUGGAGUAUGCACAUCUAUGUAUAGUAUGAUCAUUAAGUCACAUGUUUAAGAGAUACAUGCUAUUGUUAAUUGUCUACAGAGGAAAGAAGAGACGACUGUCUUGUUCUCUUUUUCUAACAUCUUUAAAAAUGUAGUAGAAUCUCAAUAAAUUAUACAAAGAAUGAAGAAUCAAAGAAUGUGUAAUACAGACAAAAGAUGGCUUUGAAAUAGACUCUACUAUCAGUAAUGCAGAUCUUGAAAAGAUGACAUAAAACCAACACUGUUCAUCCUUCUCGAUGACACUAAUCAUUAAAAUAUAGACAUUGGCAGUAUUACUAAGAAACAGGUGAAGGUGCACACAUUAUGGAUGCAAAUGUAGAAAGGGGACAGGAUUAAAAUAUGUAAGCUCAUCUAUGCCUCAGAUAACUAAAGGGCAGGUUUUACUAAACAUUUGUGAUUAUUGGUAAGUGUCAGAUAGCAGCAUGCAUCUCUUGAAGAAAAUAGUCUUACAGGUAAUUUGCAUGUGCAGGGAUAUUCGUGAUACACUUUUUUUUU